AUGAGCGAAGAAGUGGACUUUGGAGAGGGCUUCAACCCGGCCGAUUGGCGAAAUACUUGCAUGUCGAUUGCGCCGACCUCUGAGGUUUUUCAUGAGAAUAUGCGCGCUACUUGGGGCGGAGUGGCUACCACCUUUUAUGUCCUAAUUCCGGUGCUGAUCACUAUUUCUGCCAUUCUGAUAUUCAUUUCCGAAUGCCACUUUUUGCAAAAACACGCGAGAAGAAAACGAGUCCGAUACACUCUCUAUUGGAUUUUAGGAAUCUACCCCGCCGGAAUUUGCUGCUUCAUGAUCGCGCUGUUUAUCCCGAGAUCAAUCUCGUAUAUGGAGUUUGCCGUCGAUGUUUGGGUUGCUUUUGCUAUCAAUAAGUUGUUCAGUUUGGUUCUAAUGAUUCACGGCGGUCGACGGAGGUUCACGCAAGAAUGUUUCGAGGCCAAAUCGAACGCAAUCCCUUGUUGCUGUCUUUGUUGCCUGCCAGUUGUUCACAAUAAUAUCUUCUGGGCGAAGUUUAUGAAGUGGGGGAUCAUCCAAUUCUGCUUUAUGAACGUCAUUAUUGGUUUUAUCUCGAUCAUCCUGUAUUGCGAUGUCGCCUGGGUAGAAGUUGUCGCUGGGAAUCACUUUAGCAAGAUCACGCCUGACAACUACUUUGGUGUUAUCCGGCUCCUCUCCACCAUCACCUGCAUUUACGCCGCCAAUAUGUUCAAGAAGUUCCAGCAGUCAAAGAUGCUCGAUGCGGAAUUCGACAGGAAGCAUAAGCUCAAUUGGAAAUUUAACUCGGUGCUGCUCAUAGUUUUCAUCAGGGGCAUUCAGACGCUCAUUUUUGCAUCAUUGGGGGACCCAAAGCUCCAACUAAUUCCUUGCGUUUCUCCGCUCAACUGGCAACUGAACAUGAAAGUGGUUGAAUCCGCAGUCGUCAUUUUCGAGUUCUUCUUGCUCUCCAUUUUUGCAAGAGCAUCUUUCGCCCGCCUAGAUGACCUUCGACUGAUCCAGGGGCACGUUCACUUACCGCUAGAAGAAUCGGACGAAGAAGAAGAGGCUGAUCUCAACUCCAAAAGCUUAGCCACGGGUUCGAAAACGUUGUCUUUCAAAAUACAGAACUGA